GUAACCAUAACGCAAAGAAAGGAAGAGUGGAGCAUAAGAGGUUAUCAUUCCAAAACACGGCCUGUUUGUAUACGAAAGUCCGUACUAUGUCCUUCUAUUAUAUCAAGGCGGAAUGUCAUUACAGUUUGCUUUUAGCAGUUUAGUAUAAGAAAUGCAGCCUUAUAGAUACACCUUAGAAGAGCACGGUGAGCUUAAAUACAAAGCGAUGGCCGUCAGAGGCCAUGAAUUGGAAAUUCGACAAAAAUUAGCGAAAGAGAGACCCGAUUUGUCUAUCAAAAAGAGGCAAGAAUAUGCUAGAAUGCUGGCGAAUUAUGCUGGACUCAAUCGAUAUGGGACGUUUAAACCUCUGGAACCCUACGUUCCCCCAGAGGAGCCUGAUAAAAAUCGAAAAAAAAGAAGUGAAAACGACAGUACAAAUCAAAGUCACAGCAUGUUUUCCCAUAAAAAAGUAUAAAUUGUAGAAAAAACAAACAAACUAUUAGUAAACAAAUUGAUCAAACAAAC